UGUGGUGUGUUGACGAUCAUUUGCUUUUGCUAAUAAGACAAACAUACUUCCAAAUGUAAGGCGAUCCUAAUAGUUGACUGGUCCGUGCAUUCACAGAAGCAGCCUUUAUCCAGUCUGCCAUCCCGGAAGCAGAGGAAUUUGGGGGUUGGGUUAGAGAAACAUAGCAGCUCCGCGUGCGGUAGAGAAAGACCGCACGGAUACAAACACUCACACCGCGUAACAAAAUACCGAAGACGUGACCUCAAACUACACGGAUACAACCACCAUAAACAUCGCUCCGGAAUGGAUAAGCGGCAAAGACAGUAGUCUCGGGUGGGACAGAGGAGGAUGGGCGCAGAGUCCUGGUGUCGGUGUAGAUGUCUCUCGGUCGGCUCUUGCGACGCGCCUCCUCCAAGGCCUCGGACCUCCUGACCUUUAACCCAGGGUCGGCGGGUUCGCGGAACGGCUUGGACGGGGAGAUCAUCUUCUCCAAAAACAAUGUGUGUGUGCACCCUGCCGAGCCCCUCCCGGGUCUGCCCGAACACCACCCAGGGUACCUGUGUGUGCACAUGGAGAAGGAUGAGAGCCUGGGAACCACUCUGAUCCUAACCUGGGUUCCCAACUCCCGCAUCCAGAGACAGGACGAGGAGGCCCUGCGUUACAUCACCCCAGAGAGCUCACCUGUCCGCAGGAACGCUCGGCGCAGGCCCCACAGGCCCCACUCCCGACACCCUCCCGCCCAGGAGGAAGAUGAGGACCGGGAGGAGGAGGAGAGGAUUGGGAACGGAACUGGGAUUGGAGGGGCCCUGGGUCUGGAGGCCAGCAUAGAGCCCCCUCCUCCCCAGCAACAGCAGUCCCAGUCUGGGACGGAUGAGGGGGACGAGGGGUCCUGUGAGCUAUCGGCUGACGAGGUGAGCAGGGACAGCACCAUGGGCUCAGACUCAGACACCACCUUCUCCUCACCCUUCUGUCUGUCGCCCGUCAGCGAGUCCCUCUUUGAGAACAGCGGCUCUGUGUUCCUGGACAACGAGAGCAGGGAGCUGUGCGACGAGUCCAUGACCCAUUCGGCUAGCUCCGCCUCCAGCCUGGACAGCCACGCUCCCUCUGAGAACAACAGCCAAUCGCAGGGCAUGCGGUGGGAGGAACAGCAGAAGGUGCUGGCGUUGGAGCAGCUGGGGGGAGUGUUCCGGGUCGACCUGGGUCACAUGAGGUCGCUCCGCCUCUUCUUCAGUGAUGAGGCGUGUAAUAGUGGUCAGCUGGUGAUCGCCAGCAGGGAGAGCCAGUAUAAGGUCCUCCACUUCCACCACGCAGGUCUGGACAAGCUGGCUGAGGUCUUCCAACAGUGGAAGUGCUGCAGAGAGACUCAGCUCAAAGACCAGGUAGUGGAUGAGAAGUCAUGUAUGCAGUUCUCCAUCCGGAGGCCCACCCUGCCGUCCUCUGAGACCCACCCAGAGGAACGUCUGUACCGCCGCCUGGACGUCACCACCUGGCUCCGACACCUCAACCACAACGGACAGGUGGAGGAGGAGUACAAGCUACGCAAGGCCAUCUUCUUUGGGGGCAUUGACCCAUCCAUCCGCGGGGAGGUGUGGCCCUUCUUACUGCACUACUACAGCUGUGACUCCUCCUCCCAGGAGAGAGAGGCCUGGAGACUGCAGAAACGCUCUGAGUACCACCACAUCCAGCAGCGGAGGUUGUCUAUGAGUCCUGAGGAGCACAGUGACUUCUGGAGGAAGGUUCAGUUCACCGUGGAUAAGGACGUGGUGAGAACAGACCGCAGCAACCACUUCUUCAGGGGAGAGAACAACCCCAAUGUGGAGAUCAUGAGAUGUGUGCUGCUGAACUACGCGGUGUUCAACCCAGAGAUGGGCUACUGCCAGGGCAUGUCUGACCUGGUGGCCCCCCUGCUGACCGAGGUGCAGGAUGAGAGUGACACGUUCUGGUGCUUCGUAGGCCUGAUGGAGAACACCAUCUUCAUCAGCUCUCCCCGCGACGAGGACAUGGAGAGACAACUGAUGUACCUGAGGGAGCUGUUGCGUCUGAUGCUGCCCCGGUUCCACCAGCACCUGACCCAGCUGGGGGAGGACGGCCUACAGCUGCUGUUCUGUCACCGCUGGCUCCUACUCUGCUUCAAACGGGAGUUCCCCGACACAGAGGCCCUGCGUAUGUGGGAGGCCUGCUGGGCACACUACCAGACGGACUACUUCCAUCUGUUUGCGUGUGUGGCCAUCAUCGUGCUGUACGGUGAUGACGUGACGGAGCAGCAGUUAGCCACCGACCAGAUGUUGCUCCACUUCAGUAACCUCUCCAUGCACAUGAACGGGGAGCUGGUGCUGCGCAAGGCCCGUAGUCUGCUCUACCAGUUCCGUCUGUUACCCAGAAUCCCGUGCAGCCUCCAUGACCUGUGUAAGCUGUGCGGUCCAGGGAUGUGGGACAGUCGCUACAUCCCGGCCGUGGAGUGUUCUGGGGAGCACCCCGACUCCCAGAGCUGCCCCUAUGGAGGCACAGCCACCCCCCAGCCCUCUGCCUCCCCGUCACCCUCCCCCUCACCCAACCCCACCCCACUCCCCGAGGGCAAGAGAGGCUCCAAGACCAGAGACAUCUUCAUGUUUCGGAAGCAGUCCUGAGUUGAAAUAGGGGGGAGGGAGACGAUGGUGCUAACUAUAACUGUUGAGUAGAUCAGAAGCUGCAGUACCACUUUUCUGCCACUAGGAUUCCCAACAUACUGUAUGUGCUUCUCUCUGAUACUUCUCUUCACACUCUCCCCCUUUUCACAAUCCCCUUCUUAUUAAAGGGAUUUUCCACCUGAUCCUUUUGUCCGGUGUGACAUGGAACACUGCCUUAUAAGAAUGUAUAUUUAUUUGGAACAUUCAGUACCACAGACACUUGGCACUACGGUUCCCAUGAAGAAGCUGCUGCUCUGCUAUUGGAGGAGAUUGGACAAUCAUCACUCUGUUGGACUGUAACAUUUCAGGGUCCACACUGUGGUCUAAGGUUGCUGGACUCGAUUCAACGUGACUCCAACGGUCAAAUACUGACUUGAAGGGGAAUUGUCGAGAUUUGAACUCCAUCGAAAGGUUUUCAUAUGCUCACAAUGGAAUGUUUGUGUGAAUAAUGGAAUGAUAUAUUAUCUCAGCAUAUUGCAAUCAGGCUGAAGCCUAUUAACACGACACACGGAUAAACCUCCAUCAACCAAGAGAGGCAGGCUGUCAUUUCAACUGUCAGUAAGUUGAAAUAUUGUUACUUUUCAAAUCAUAUAUUUUUUUCUGUUCCCUUCAAAGAGGGAGUGUGUGUAUCUGUGGGUUUGCGAUUACAAUAUUUAGCAAUAUAGUAUGAUUAUAUCCUUGCAUGAGCAACCCUUUAAGUAUAAAGGGCACAACCUGUUUAGCGAAUAACACAAAGCCCAAAACAGAGGUGUGUGUAUAUAGGAAACUGUUUCCACAACAAGUUUUCUACAAACAUCCUUAUCAGACUCCUGUUCAGAAACCUGCUCAUUUAUUCUUACAUUAUCAGAUGACACUGCCUGUCAGGCUGAAGGAAGGUGGGAUUUCAUUUAUCUUUGAUAAGAGGGGAUAUGAAUAAAUAUGGCAUCUAUCAAAUCAAUAGGGGUUAAAAAAUUAAAAGUUAGACUAUAUGUAGAGCUUAAAAAAUAUGCGAUGAUGGUUGUGGAUAUCCCACCAUUACCAGUCAGUGUACAGUUUGGUCAGCUAGCUACAUAUCGAAUAUGAGAUCAUGUGUUUAAGUUUACUUUAAGUUUGUUUUUGUUAAAAAAUGUCAGAUAGGGCAGUUGUGUAAAAGCUCAGUGUUUUUGUUUUUCCAUAUCUAGAAACACAUUGACCUCCACCUUGACCUCCAAGUGAAUGAACACCACCAUCGUUGUCACUGCACUAAACAAUAUUAUAAUUCAUUAGAUUUGUACAGCACAGCGUCAAUCAAAUACAAUGAAAUCUCAAGGUUCUUCACCUGCACCAACCAAGUGAAUUUGUCCAUAUGAAUGUAUCCACUUUGUUACUUUCUAUUCUCUUGACUGUUUAUUUCACGUGUGUGUGUGUGUGUGUGUAUAAACAGCAGUGACCUAACAUCUGGUAAUGAGUUGGGGAGCAGCCACCAAUAGGCCUCCACUGACUGAUCUCCUCAAUUACACAACACAUCAUCACAGAGCGGGUGAAAGAAAACCAACCAAAGAGGAAUGGCAGCUCUGUACCCAACCUGCUCCAAAUACUAUUUGAAAUCAUUUUAAAUGGUUUAUUUGUGGUUGACUGAGCUUGCCUGGCUGAGUAAUGGGCCAAUAGAUUAGUCCCAAAAGGCAGGCAGAUGACACCAAAAGCUUAAAGUAUUUGAAAGAUUUUAAUUAUUGAAUUUAAAUCUAUUUCUCAGAGAACUAUCAAGGCCUAUCAAGUGAAGUGUUGGGAUCUGCAUGUUUCCUGUAAUCUGUGAGUUGUCACGGUGGCGAGGGUUCAGGGGGUGGGUGUUAGAGUGCCACUCCUGGGGGAAAAACAUCUUCAAAUGGCCACUAAAAGGUAACAUUAGGAUCUUCAAGCUGCUUCCCCUCGCUCUCCCGCUCAACAUGCAGUCUGCAAAUGACAUGCAUUACUGGCCCCUGCGUCCAUUAGUCAUCUGUGGCUGCUGCUCGCUGAAAAAGCCUGGAGAUUUAGAAGAUUGUACCAACCACUUUAUAAAGGGCUAACCGAUGGAUGGUAACGUGGUUUGGAAAAUAAUUGGGUGGCAAGGCAGCGGGGCUUUGUGUGUGUGUGUUUAUUUACUUGCUUAUCUCGAUUCUUCAUCUCUUUCCAUGGACUGUUUAUCUCACGUUGAAACUGUUUCUGAACGUGAGUCACUGUAACAUGUCUUUGGGUUUAGUUGUAUUUCAAAAUGUUUGUGACUGAGUUAUCACUGAAUGUAGAGUUCUAUAAGGUUCUAUAAUAAUACACAGGCCACUGAUGAGGGCCUACUGUGGUCCUAUGCUGUAGUGUAGUCAACACAUACAACACUGGCUUUCACAUGCUGCAGGGCCGUGGUGAAGGCAGAAACGUUGGUGAUUUGAAAUAAAUGGUGUAAAUGGAA